GUCUAAACUAGAUCCCUCCCCAAAGGGCCUGAGGCAGAAGCAGGCUCCCCUCUCAAAUGGGGUGGUCUGGGCCUGUGACAGCCCCUGCAUUAGAGUCUGUCCCCACUGCGGAAGACCCUGCUCAUUUGAAAGUCUGACAUCAGCUGGGCUGCUGCUCACCCCCACCCCCACCCUGACACAGCACUUAGCACCUGAAUCUUCCGUUUCCUUCAGUGACCCUCCAUUCUUCAGAGCUAGGAAAAUGUAACACUCUACAGGUGAUCAGCUUCAGAUCACCACUUUCUACCACGAGUGAGUGACGUGAGUGGGGAGAUCCAGAGGUAACCAUCAGGAGGAUAUCUAAAGAAAUGAUACAUCAAAGAAGAGAAGCUGGGGGAAAAGAGACAUGCAGAGACCAGAUCAAAGGAUCAGACAAAGAGGAGGAACCUUCAGCUGCCCUAUCCCAUGGCCAAGGGUAUCGUCCCUGUGGAAGACCAGCCAGGAACUCAAAGCCUGAGGCUGGGACCAGACCUCCUGCUGUCCCCAUCAUGGUCAAUGACCCUCCAGUCCCCGCCUUACUGUGGGCCCAGGAAGUGGGCCACAUCUUGGCAGGCCGUGCCCGCAGGCUGAUGCUGCAGUUUGGGGUGCUCUUCUGCACCAUCCUUCUAUUGCUUUGGGUGUCUGUGUUCCUCUAUGGCUCCUUCUACUACUCCUACAUGCCGACGGUCAGCCACCUCAGCCCUGUGCACUUCCACUACAGGACAGACUGUGACUCCUCCACCGCCUCUCUCUGCUCUUUCCCUGUUGCCAAUGUCUCACUGGCUAAGAGUGGACGUGAUCGGGUGAGUAUGAGAACUAGACAGAGAUGGAGUGAGCGACUGUCCCCAGUCUGUCCUCUUGGCCGGCAGGCGAUGCUGCAUUACCGCUCUCAGCUGCUCCAGACGCUUGACACCCUGGUGUUCUCCAGCCUCCUGCUGUUCGGCUUUGCUGAACAGAAGCAGCUCCUGGAAGUAGAACUCUACUCUGACUAUAGGGAGAAUUCGUAUGUGCCAACAACUGGAGCAAUCAUCGAGAUCCACAGCAAGCGCAUCCAAAUGUAUGGAGCCUACCUCCGGAUCCACGCCCACUUCACUGGGCUCAGGUACCUGCUAUACAACUUCCCCAUGACUUGCGCCUUCGUGGGUGUGGCCAGCAACUUCACGUUCCUCAGCGUCAUCGUGCUCUUCAGCUAUAUGCAGUGGGUGUGGGGUGCUGUCUGGCCCCGACACCGCUUCUCUCUACAGGUUAACAUCCGACAAAGGGAUAACUCACGCCACGGGGCCCAGCGUCGGAUCUCUCGCCAUCAGCCAGGUCUGGAAUCUACCCAGCAGUCGGAUGUCACGGAGGAUGGCGAGAGCCCUGAAGAUCCCUCAGGAACAGAGGGCCAGCUGUCUGAGGAAGAGAAACCAGAGAAGCGGCCCCAGAAUAGAGAGGAUGAGCAAGAACCAGAGGCUAGUGACGGCUCCUGGGAAGAUGCAGCAUUGCUGACAGAGGCCAACCUGCCUGCCUCUGCCUCAGCAUCUGCCCUUGCUCCUGAGACUUUGGGUAGCCUCAGGCAACGCCCAACCUGCUCCAGUUCCUGAACAUAGGGUGAAUUCCUCACAUUCCAGCGCUUUCCCAUCGGACACCUUUUCCCUUGUUCCCUUAAUAAACUAUUUUGUGGCA